AUGAAAUUUUGGGCUUUCUUCUACGGCCAGGCAGCCCCUGAUGUGAAAGGUGAGACAUCAUGCUCUCUACAACACUUCCAAGAGAAUGUGUUUAUUGAGGGAAAUCGACCAAAGUAUGUCCAGGAUCUGCAUACGGAGGCUCAGGAGGGUCUGAAACUCCUGCAGCAAGAUGAAAACAGAAACGGUGUGGACUAUCUGGAUGACCAGAGCGUCAUUUCAACAGUGACCGCUCAGACAGACGAUGACAUGAGCUUCAGUGAACUGAGGAUGUCCGAGUCUGAGAGUACUGCUGCUGAUACGAUCUCCACACGUUCCAUCACUUCCUAUCAGUCUUCACGUUCCGGACUCACACGCCAAGGCUCUACCUUCAGACCACUGAAAGAUGACAAGAAAUGUGGGAAGAGCAAAUCGAAGGGGAAAAAGGCGGGUACAGUUACAGGAAUACCAAGACAUGUACAGAAAGAACUGGGGCUUGACCGUGCUGCAUGGAUAGCAUCCCAGUUCACUGAUGCUCAGUUGUCCAAUGGAGGUGUAAGCAUUUCCACCGUCAUUCCCACUCUGGAUAGCAUAUCCAUCGCCUCGGUCCCAGACGGAGCAAUAACCCAGCUGCAGAACAUGAACAGGCUUCAGGCAGUAACGGAGGAUCAACCACAGCUCCCUCCACAGGAAGGACAGCAGGAUGACACCUCUCUACUCCGGCACCUGUUACCCCAGUCGUUUGACCCAGAGUGUCCAAAUUCACAAGCCAGUCCCUGGAUGACCACAUCAGGCACCUCUCCAUCCAGUCCAGUAAUGUAUGUCUCCCCUGAGGCAACAUACAUGUCCAAGAUCAUCCCAAAUGCGGUACUGCCUCCGUCUGUGGACGUGGUUGAACUCAGCCGCAACAGAAGUCACAGUAGCGUUCGCAUGGUGAGCAAGAGCAGCCUAGCAUCGGCCAGUCCGGCUCCGUCAAGAGCCUCAUCCCGGGCAUCCUCACGGUUCUCCUCACGAGCUCCAUCAGUGAUGUCCUCAUGGAUCUCUUCUCGGGCUUCUACCCAUCGGACUGCCACCCUCUCAGAGUCCUCUGGCUGGAGCUGCUCGGGAUCAUCCGAAACACUGGUCUCCGAUUCUUCCACCAUUUCUAGCAGCAGCACUCCUCGAGUGGCCAGCAGGACAAGUCAGGCAGAGGAAACAGAUGGACCAUCUGUGGUCAAAGAUAACCCUGGUGCCCAAAGUACCCCCUUUAAGCCUGUGCAGCUGAAUGGUAACAACCAACAAGAAGAAGCUUGGAAGAAGUCACGAUCCAUAGGUCCUUUUAAUCGCAGUCUGUCAGUGAUGAAAAAGAGCAAGAAACCACCGCCUCCACCAAGUUAUUCAUACUCACUCCAUUCCCGUAUGUAUGCAAGAACCAUUGUUGAGCAUAAAUCUCUGGAAAAUGGGUCUCAGAAAAUCAACUCACCCUACAGUGCCUGUACAGUUCAGAAUGGUGACAGUGAAGCACCGUCUCACUGGAGAAGUAGAUUGCAGAGGAAGUUCGUCUUCUGUCUGAAGUUGGAAGCUCGAGGAAGUUGCGCGCGCUUCCUGAGUCAGAGAGCAGUGUUGGCAGAGCUACAGUUAAAGAAAGGUGUUGAAAUGGAUGCGGGCAGUGUACCCUAUUCACACACCAAUGGAGGGAGUCACCAAAUUAAUCUCAAGCAUUUCCUACCAUCUAUUAAAAGUCUAACCGCUAAUGGUGCGGUUGCUUCACCAGCUGUGAUGACUUUUAUUGCACUCCUUGAUGUUCCAGAUCCUCCUGAAGUUCUAGCUCCACCUCCACCUCCUCCUGAGACAUGGGCACACAAUCAGCACACCUUCGAACUACUGUGUGGACCUGGACCUGUAAACUUUGAGUGCUGGGCCCAAAAGAGAGGUCUGAAGAUUGAAGUUCCAAUCCAGAUGGUUCGAGAGAAAAUGCCAGCAACAAGUCACAUAACAAAUGUAAUGAAGGACAAUACAGUAGCACCAAAAAUGCAAACUCAAGAAGCCAUGGCCGCUGACACACAAAAUAGAAUUACUCCUACAAAGAUGUUUGUUGAUGUUCAGCCUCCUUCUGGCAACAGUCUGCUUUUAGCCAGGCUUGCCCAUGUCCGUCCAUCCCCGUCUCCUUCACCACCUCCUGAACAUAUACCUCCCCUGCCUCCAACCGACCAAGUUAAACCUCUACAAGAUGAUGUAUCCACCCAGUUCCAAGGACAUUUUGAUGAGAUCAUAUGUCCCCCUCCACACCCUUUGUUCCCACCACCUCCACCUCCUACAAAUGUAUCCCCUCCACAUCUGCCAGGUGGGCAGGAUGAAAUAGAUUUUACAUCUACACCCAUGCCACCUUCUCUAAGCUUUUUAUUUAAAGUGCUCCCAGUGCCACAGGAUGCGCAGCCUUCAACAUUAGAGGAAGCUGCAUCUUCUCCAGCACAGGAAAUCCAAAUCCCACCUCCUCCUGAAAUGAUCCUACCUGCUCCACCAGUGAUCCCACCUCCACCACCAAUGCCACCAUCUCCCCAAUCAAUGCCACUUCCUCCACCGGAAAUCCCACCAUUUUCAACAUCAAGAACUCCUUCUCCACCAAUGAUCCCUCUUCCUCCACCACUGUUCCCUCCUCCUCUGGAGGCAGUCCCUACUCCCCCAAACCAAACCCUACCAGAUGUAUCCUCAGAGCAAGCCGAAAUCACGUCCAUGCCAUCUAAUAUUCCUCCACCACCACCAUUACCCACUGAUCUCAAGAAAGUAGUCAAAGCAAUCACAGCUGACAAGCAGGAGAAACCGCCACCUCUGCCAACCACCCACAAAGGUGCGACUGCAGAGGAAAGUCCUACCCCAAUGGUCACACCGUCUUUAUUACAGAAUGUUCGUCUCAGGUCAAUCAGAUCCAACGUGAACCAAACUGAAACAAAUGGUGGACUUCUAAAACCAAAGCAUCAAACUAAUCAAGACACACCCCAAAAGCCAAUAAGAAGAUCUCUGAUUUUGGUUUCACCUGAUCUUCCCUCGCAGUCAGCUACAAAUCAAAAGGAGGACACUCUGCCCACUACCUCUGUAUGGGAGAAUCCGAGCAUUACUCCUCCAUCAGACACCCAACCUGAAACUUAACCAAAGAGCAGGAUUGAGCAGGUUUCACUGGAUGUAAAGCUUGAACCCAACAGCCAAGUCCGCAUCACAGACCAGAAAACUCAACAAGCAAACACUGAACCAGUCAAAGAGUCCGUGUCUGCUGAGACAGUCCCCCAAAUACCAAACAAAGCAGAACCUGAACCAAAGAUCACAGUGCAGGAAAUUCAAAAUGCAACACCUGAACCAUCAACUACACUAACCCCUGCUGAACCAAAAGAUCAAUCCAUUGCAAAUGAGGUAAAAGAAAUCCAAAAUGACGCUGUUAAAAAUGAAGAUAAACAAAGUCCCCAACCACAGCAAGAUGUUAAACUUCCAAAGCCUCAAACUUUAAUCGCCACAUCUCCUAAAUUCAAUCCUGCUCAGAAAGUGCCUCCAGCUAGCAUUUCUUCAUCUUCCAUUAGUCUCCAGGAGGCCAUUCGUCUGAAAACCGCUGCCAUGUCAUCUACAGACAACCAAGCGACGUGCCUGAGCCUGCUGCAUUCCCCUCCGCUGUCCCCAGGGGCCAUCUCGCAGACGUCCACGGCAAACUUCAUCUUCUCCAAAAGCCAGAAGAAGGUGGUCAUUGAGAAAUCUCCUUUAUCUCCAGAAUCCAAACCAGAUCUGAGGAAGACCCUGGUGCACGAGUUGAAUUCUGUUUCUCAAACAUUCAAACCUGCUGCUGAUCCCCGGAACACAAAAGCCAAAGUCCCGCCUCCAGUUGCGAAGAAACCCAGCGCGAAGAGCAAAAGGAUUACCCAUAAUUCCUCAGAGUGUCAUGUGGACACUGAGCAUGUGCAAACUGCUGGUCAGUGAGCACUGCCAGAGAAGAGAAGGUAAGGCCUUCUGACUUUUAUUUUUAUCCAAAAUAAAUCCAAAUGUCUCCAAGAGCUACAACACUGUUGCUCUCGGGUGAGGAAUGCGACCGAAACACAACUAUUAUUAGAUUCCAGAAAUGAGAAAUGACAUUUGAAACUCUGUUGAAUGAGCACACAAGUCCCAUUUGGAA